AUGGAAGGCACUCACUGCACCCUCCAAUUGCAAAAGCCCAUUACCGAACUCUGCUACAUCAGCUUCUAUCUUCCAAGAGGGGAAGUCAGAGGAUUUUCAUACAAGGGCACCGUAACUCUAGACCGGUCCAAUAAGGGUUUUCAUAACUGCUACCAAGUCAGGGAGGGGCCAGACAUCAUCAGCCUCAGCCAGCAGCCAGACGAACAUCCAGGCGACAUAUUUUUCAAGCAGACUCCCACAAAAGACAUUCUAACUGAGCUGUACAAACUCACAGCAGAGAGGGAGAGACUGCUGGCCAAUCUGCUGAGCUCAGACCACAUCCUGGGGAUUGCGAUGGGGAAUCAGGAGGGCAAGCUGCUGGAGCUGUCUGUGAGCCUGGCCCCUGAGGAUGACUGUUUCCAGGGUGCUGGCGGCUGGCUAGGGGAGCUCCCUGUGGGCUCUCUCAAUAAGAGGAGCACCCAUGGGAACAAAAAGCCCCGGAGGUCUGGAGGAAGGAGAGAGAGCUUUGUGGUGCAGAAGAGGACAAGAAGGAAAGAGCGUGGGGGCCAGGAGUCAGCUCCUCAGAUGGGGAAGGACCAGAUCUAUUCAAGCAACUCCCUUCCUCUUUCUCGAACAAGGCCUAAUCUUCAGCUCCUAGAGGAAAGAGGAAACUUGCUCCCAAAUGGGGCACUUACCUCUGCCCUGAAGAGGAGAGAGAGCUGCCCUCCAGAUAUCCUCAGGACACUGGAUGCAGAUGUUGGCUUUGGGAGCUUUGGGACAGCCUCCAAGGACACUAGGCUUGAAAGAGAAGAGCUGCCCCCUGACUGCAGCUCCACAGAGUCAGGAGAUGAUGGUGUCUGGGGGCUGCUGAGGAGGCCUUGCGGGCUGGGUUUGCCAGAAAGUCAGCAGGACCCUGAGAAGCAUCCAGAGGCAGAGAGGGACAGGAUGGAGAAGUCGGCUGGACCUGUUUCCAAAGUGGUGGCCAAAGUCCAGGACGUGGCUGCUCAGGUGCAAAGAGUAGUUAAAACGCAUCCUGAGGGUGAGGAAAGGAUUGCCGUUUGCCCAGCAGCCCAAGCUGAGUUUAUACCCAAAGCAGACUUGCUCAGCCUCCCAGGACCUGAGGCUGGGGCUCAUGGCUCCAGGCAGGGCAAGGAGCAGCAAGGGGACAGGUCACUGCAGCUGGCGGCUAGAGAAAGGACCUCCAUUUCUGGUACACCACCCUGUGCUGAGGGGGCUGUGAACAAGGUCCUGCUGAAGGUGAUAGAGAGUGAGAAGCUAGAUGAAGCUCCUGAGGGGAAAAGGCUGGGCUUCCCCAUCAGCACGCGAGCCACGCAUACCCUCCCAGAAACCAGAUGCAAGAGGACAGCCAGGCUGCCUCUGAGUGGCCACAAAGCCUUGUUUCUGGAACUGGUCCACAGUGCAGGUCCCAACUCCUCACAACCCAGAGGAGAUGAGAAGAGGCCGUUGCCCCCAGCACCAGCAGCUCUCAGCGUGGUGUUUAAUAAUUCAUCCCCUCAGUCCGGCACACAUAAGCGGAUGUCACCUGUUCCGUCUCCUCUGUCUCCAAGGCUCCCUAGCCCUCAGCAGCAUCACAGGAUCCUCCGACUCCCUCCGCUGCCUGGUGAGAGGGAAGCUGCUCUUAAUGACUCUCCUUGUAGAAAAAGCAGUGUCUUCUCUGGGUCUCCCUCUGCUGACAUCUUGGAGCCACCAUCCUCUGCGAAGGUCACGGAGACCAAACGAACCAGCCCGGCUUCCCUCAGAGCAGGCCAACCUCGGUUGGUGCCUGGGGAAACUUUGGAAAAGAGCUUGGAGCCAGGGAAGACCACAGCUUGGCCCCAGCACCAGUCAUCUCCAGGUAUCUCCUCUGAGGGCUUUCCCUGGGACUGUUUCAAUGAGCAGACAAAUAAAGACCUUCCCAACAGGGAUGGAGGUGUCCAGGUCCUGGGCUAUAGAGCAGGACCAGCCUGUCCAUUUCUGCUCCAUGAGGAAAGAGAGAAGUCAAAAAGAAAUGAACUGUACUUGGAUCUCCAUCCUGACCAGAGCCCCACUGAGCAGGAUGAUAGGACUCCUGGCAGACUCCAAGCUGUCUGGCCGCCUCCAAAGACAAAAGACACAGAAGAAAAAGUGGGACUGAAGUACACUGAAGCAGAAUACCAAGCUGCUAUUUUACACUUGAAGAGGGAGCACAAAGAAGAAAUUGAAAACUUGCAGGCACAGUUUGAACUUCAGACAUUUCAUAUCCGGGGCGAGCAUGCAGUGAUAACAGCGAGACUAGAAGAAACUAUUGAAAAUCUCAAACGCGAAUUGGAGCGCCCAUGGCGGCGAGGGUGCGAAGCGAUGAGAGAUGCGUGCGUCUCCACCGACGGCGACUGCCCUCCAAAGACCUACAGAAACGUGUGCGUGCAGACAGACAGAGAGACCUUCCUCAAACCCUGCGAAAGCGAAAGCAAGGCCACCAGAAGUCACCAAAUAGUACCCAAAAAGCUGAACCUCUCCUCGUUAAGCCAGCUCUCUCCCCCCAAUGACAACAAAGACAUCCCUGCACCACGUCAGUCUGCGGAAAGCAUCUCACCGAAUCAGCAGAAGGCAUCACCUCCUCCUCCCGCACCGCCCCUUGCAGCACCCAUCCCGCCCCCUCCUCCCCUCCCGCCUGGACUUGGACCUUUGUCACCAGCACCUCCUGGGCCGCCGCCCCCGCCUCCCCCGCCUCCUCCCCCAAGUGGGGGACCUCCCCCGCCGCCUCCCCCCCCACCGCUUCCCAACUCUGCUCUGCCCAACAGCGGGGGGCCGCCGCCUCCUCCAGCACCCCCAGGACUCGCACCCCCACCUCCUCCUGGACUCUUCUUCGGACUCGGCUCUUCUUCCAGCCAGUGUCCUCGAAAACCAGCCAUCGAGCCCAGUUGUCCCAUGAAGCCUUUGUACUGGAAUAGGAUACAAAUAAGUGAUGGGAGCCAAAAUACAACACCAACCUUAUGGGAUUCCUUAGAAGAACCUGAUAUUCGGGAUCCCAGUGAAUUUGAGUAUUUAUUCUCCAAAGACACUACCCAGCAGAAGAAAAAACCUCUGUCAGAGACCUAUGAGAAAAAAAACAAGGUCAAAAAGAUUAUCAAGUUAUUAGAUGGAAAACGAUCUCAAACUGUGGGCAUCUUGAUAUCUAGUUUACAUUUAGAAAUGAAGGAUAUCCAGCAGGCCAUUUUCAACGUGGAUGACUCUGUGGUUGAUCUGGAGACCCUGGCAGCCUUAUAUGAAAAUAGAGCCCAAGAGGAUGAAUUGGUUAAAAUAAGAAAGUAUUAUGAGACAUCCAAAGAAGAAGAAUUGAAGCUGCUGGAUAAACCUGAGCAAUUUUUACACGAAUUAGCCCAGAUUCCUAAUUUUGCGGAACGCGCCCAGUGCAUAAUCUUCAGAUCUGUCUUUUCUGAGGGUAUCACCUCCUUGCACCGAAAGGUGGAGAUUAUCACACGAGCUUCCAAGGGCUUGUUGCACAUGAAGAGUGUGAAGGAUAUUUUAGCUCUCAUUCUGGCCUUUGGAAAUUAUAUGAAUGGAGGAAAUAGGACUCGGGGACAAGCAGAUGGAUAUAGCUUAGAAAUUCUGCCCAAACUCAAGGACGUCAAGAGUCGGGAUAAUGGGAUUAAUCUUGUGGACUAUGUCGUGAAGUAUUACCUGCGUUACUAUGAUCAGGAAGCUGGAACAGAAAAGAGUGUUUUCCCCCUGCCUGAACCACAGGAUUUCUUUCUGGCCUCCCAAGUGAAGUUUGAAGAUCUCAUAAAAGAUUUGAGAAAACUGAAGAGGCAACUAGAAGCAAGUGAGAAACAGAUGGUGGUGGUGUGCAAGGAGUCCCCAAAGGAGUAUCUCCAGCCUUUCAAGGACAAACUGGAGGAGUUCUUCGAGAAAGCCAAAAAAGAGCAUAAGAUGGAAGAAAGUCACUUGGAGAAUGCACAGAAAAGCUUUGAAACAACAGUAGGAUAUUUUGGGAUGAAGCCAAAGUCUGGUGAGAAGGAGGUCACCCCCAGCUACGUGUUUAUGGUAUGGUACGAGUUCUGCAGUGACUUCAAGGCGAUUUGGAAACGGGAGAGUAAAAACAUAUCGAAAGAAAGAUUGAAAAUGGCUCAGGAAUCAGUCAGCAAGUUGACAUCAGAGAAGAAAGUGGAAACAAAGAAAAUCAAUCCCACUGCUAGUCUGAAAGAAAGACUGCGUCAGAAAGAAGCCAGCGUGACCACCAAGUAA